AUGGAGGUGGCGGUGGCACAAGCGCCGGAGACGACACUGCGCCGUCGCUCUGCCACCUCCUCCAGUAGCGCCCAACGACGAGCCUCCCGUCUUAGCUUCAACUACUCCCAGGGCAGGGCAGCACAGCCUCACCACCACCAUCACUACCAUCACCCGGUGCCACAGCCUCAGAACAGUUUCAGGCCUUUCACUCGCGAGUCCCUUGAAGGCAUCAAGAGACGCAUUCGCGAGGAAAACGCACGAAAGCUUCAAAUGCAACAAGCUCAAGAGGCCGCCCACCAGCAGGAGCCCAGUGAACCUGACGCCAUGCUCGAAGCUGGUCUUCCUCUGCCACGUGCUCUUCAACGAGAGUUCCCACCCGAGUUGAUUGCCACUCCUAUUGAUGACAUAGACAAAUAUUAUCAGAACAAAAUGACUUUCACUGUGAUUAGCAAGAGCAAAGACAUUUUUCGCUUCAGCGCCACCAAAUCGCUCUGGAUACUGGACCCCUUCAACCCGAUCCGCCGCGUUGCCAUCUACAUGCUGGUGCAUCCUCUCUUUAGCUUUCUCGUCAUUCUCACCAUUCUCGUCAACUGCAUCCUCAUGACCUUUCCACCGGAAGAAUCCAUUGAACGCACUGAAAUAAUCUUCACCACCAUAUACACCUUUGAAUCGUGCCUCAAAGUGGCUGCCCGUGGCUUCAUCCUCGAGCCCUUCACCUACCUUCGUGAUCCUUGGAACUGGCUGGACUUUGUCGUCAUUGCCUUAGCUUACCUGACGAUGGGUUUCGCCGAUCUGGGCAACCUCAGCGCACUGCGCACCUUUCGCGUGUUGCGGGCACUGAAGACAGUGGCCAUCAUUCCCGGCAUGAAAACCAUCGUCGGCGCUGUGAUUGAGUCAGUGAAGAAUCUCAAGGACGUCAUCAUCUUGACUUGCUUUGCGCUCUCCGUCUUUGCGCUCCUCGGUCUUCAGGUGUACAUGGGCGUCCUCACGCAAAAGUGCAUUUCCAAUCCACCAUGGAACUAUACCUAUGAUGACAUGCUAAUCUGGGGCCUCAAUGAAUCACAUUGGUACAGAAAGAACGGUCCAGAAGAUGUGCCUUAUCUUUGCGGCAACAGCUCACAAAAUUGUCCACCCGGUUACACCUGCCUAUCUGGAUUCGGUGACAACCCUAACUACGGAUACACCAGCUUUGACACCUUUCCCUGGGCACUGCUCUCCUCUUUCCGCCUGAUGACGCAGGACUCCUGGGAGUCGCUCUACCAGAUGAUCCUCAGGGUGACCGGCCCGUGGCACGUCUGCUUCUUUGUGGUGAUCAUCUUCCUGGGCUCCUUCUACCUCGUCAAUCUCAUCCUCGCCAUCGUAGCCAUGAGCUACAAUGAACUGCAGAAGAAGGCCGAAGAAGAGGAGGAAGCGGCGGCGGCGGAGGAGGCCGCCUACGUGGAGGCCUGUCGCCAGGUGGAGGAGGACACGUACACGCUGGGCGGCGGCGGCAGUGCGGGCGUGCACAGUCGACGUGGCAGUCGCAUGCCGCCACCCUUCAGCAUAUCGCAACAACACCUCGAGCCGUACCCGCCACAGCACUCCAGCACAAGAGACCUUCAACGCAGAAGUUCGCACAACAGCUCACAGCAACAGCAACAGUCGA